UCCGGGUGAAAUAGGCACGGAGAGAGGAGGCGCGGCGAGAGGAGUCAGACAGAGUGAGGCGCUCGCCUGGGCAGUAGCAGCAGCAGUAGUAGGCAGCAACAGCAGCAGCAGCAGACAGGCGAUACAGCCCCGUCCGCAUGCCCGUUGCCCUUGAGUCGCGUCCUACACUCGGCGGCGACGCGCUUACAGUUGACUAAGGGAGUAAGGGGGGCGAGCAGUGAGAGAGAGACACGUUCACGUGGAUCGGCCGCUCUCCGAACAGGAAGCAUCGACUCGUGUUGAUGCUGCUGCUGUUGUAACGCAGGCAGGGCAAGGUGAUCUUUAAACGAGGGGGCGGGUGGGUUGGCUUGAGCGAACGAGCGCGGGUGGGUUGUUGUGCUACGACUACAACCGCCGCCGCUGCUGCUGUGACGAAGCGCAAAGAGGCUGGCUUGUAGGGAAGGCAGGCAAGCGGGCACAAGCAGAGAGUGCAGCAGUCAUCGUGCCCGACUCGUCGCCGUCUGCCUCCACCCCACCCCGGCGCCCCGACACCCGUGAAUGUCACCCUAGAUGGGGGAUUUCUCGUUCGGCCUGCAGCAGAGUCACACACACAGCCUGACAGCAGCGGCAGUAGUAGGGACGACAGUGGCAGUCGCGUUGGCACCAGAGCACAAGCAACAGCAGCCGCCGUCGUCAUCGUCGCCGCCUUCGCCUCCCGCUCCUCUUUCGCCAAGCGCCGCUUUGUUUUUGCCUGCCGCCGGUCCCACGUCACACGCCAUGCAGGAUGAGCUCCUGAUGGACAGAGCGACCCUAGCGCAGCAGCAGCAGCACGAGCAGGGCCCGCCCGAGGUCCCAGAGUCAUCCGCAGCAGUGACAGUAGUAGGAGCAGAGGACGGCAUAGCGGGUGGCAACAGCAGCAGCGGAGGCAUCGGCAACAACAGCACCGGCAGUAGCAGCAACAGCAGCAGCAGCAACAACAGCGGCGCUGCCGUCUCUGCUGUGAAUAGAGACACCAUCCCCAACAACAUCGUGGGCGGCGGCGGCGGCGGCGGCAGCAGCAACAACCUCGGCAACAGCGGCAUCAACAACAGCAUCGGCAGCAGCAGCAGGGAGCCGUGCCCACCCGCGCACAUGGAGUCGCCGAUUCUCCCCAGCCUGGCCGGCUUCCAGGAGCCGGCGUCCGCCCUCUCCCCGGGCUUCAAUAACGCCUGGUCAACGGGCGUGAGCAGCCCGGCCGCCGCCCUCGGGGCAGCAGGGGCAGCGGGUGCGGCAGACGAGGGCAUCUUCCCGGGACUCUCGUCCAUGAACGGCGCCGUGCUCUUCCAGAACUUCCCUCCCAGCAUGAGCCCCAUGUUCGGCGCCAGCUUCUCGCCGCAGCUGCCGCUGGCCCCUCACCACCACCAUCAUCAGCAGCAGCAACAGCCGCAGCAGCAGCAGCCGCAGCAGCACCACCAGCAGCAGCAGCACCAUCAGCAGCAGCCGCCGCCACCGCCGCAACAGCAGCAGCAGCAGCAGCAGAGGAGGUCCCCCGUGUCUCUCCAGAGCCAGUUUCCCCAGCGCAACGCAGGCUAUGGGCACCACCAGCCCAUCAUGACGAGCAAGCCGUCCGCCUGGGGCAACCACCACCAUCAUCAUCACCACCAGCAGCAGCAGCAGCCGCAGCCCCAGCCGUGGGGUGGCUCUGCCGGCUGGGGUGGCCCACAGAGCCGGGCAGGGGCCGGUGUGGGUGGCGUGGGCGGCGGCGGAGACCCGCGAAGGGCGGGCGGCCUCGGCAUCCCGACGCCCAUGAACCCCAUCUCGCCCCUCAAGAAGCAGCAGCAGCAGCAACAGCAGCAACACUUCCCGGGCAACAGCGCCAUCGGGCCGCCCAAGUACAGCCGCUCGCCCGUGCCCACUCCCAAGUCGUGGCUGGAGGAGACUGCGUACCGCGGGGACGCCACCAGCCUGCUGGCUUUCCAGGACCGCGGCCGUCCCUUCGACCCGCUGAGCAUGCAGGCCUUGGAGACCUCGCUGCUGGACAUCAUGCGAAGCGAGCACGACCCCCUCAAGGGGACGCCGCCACCAGCCAACGGCGCCGCGCUCACCGCUGCCGCCGCUGCCGAUAUGGUCUGGAGGAGCCAGUUUGCCGCAGGGCUGGAGAGAAAGGCGCUGCCUGGUGUGAUGCGGGCUGCACCCCGUGGUCGCUUGGGCAUUGGUUACCCACACCCUGGAAUGGACAAUCUGCUCUCGCUCAAUGCAAGGAGUUAUGGCAGAAGACGAGGCCGCUCCUCGCUCUUCCCGCUGGAGGACGGCUUCCUGGACGACGGCCACGGCGAUCAGUCGGCCGCCUCGAGCCUCAGCUCCCCGUCGCGCUGCUCCCCACGCAGCCAGAACGGAGAGCACGUGGAGCGCUACUCCCGCAAGGUCUUUGUGGGGGGCCUGCCCCCCGACAUCGACGAAGAUGAGAUCACUGCCAGCUUCCGGCGCUUUGGCAUGCUGGUCGUUGACUGGCCCCACAAGGCUGAGAGCAAGUCCUACUUUCCUCCUAAAGGAUACGCAUUUCUGCUCUUCCAGGAAGAAAGCUCGGUGCAGGCUCUAAUCGACGCCUGCAUUAAGGAGGAAGACAAGCUUUAUCUGUGCGUGUCCAGCCCCACCAUUAAAGACAAACCGGUGCAAAUUCGCCCAUGGAAUCUAAGCGACAGUGACUUUGUGAUGGACGGCUCUCAGCCCCUGGACCCACGCAAAACCAUCUUCGUGGGAGGGGUUCCUCGCCCGCUCCGAGCCAUCGAGCUGGCGAUGAUCAUGGACCGGCUGUACGGGGGCGUGUGCUAUGCUGGCAUCGACACCGACCCUGAGCUGAAGUACCCGAAGGGGGCUGGGCGCGUGGCCUUCUCCAACCAGCAGAGCUAUAUCGCGGCCAUCUCCGCCCGCUUCGUGCAGCUGCAGCACGGAGACAUCGACAAGCGGGUGGAGGUGAAGCCGUACGUCCUGGAUGACCAGAUGUGUGACGAGUGUCAGGGUGCACGCUGCGGGGGGAAGUUCGCCCCGUUCUUCUGUGCCAACGUCACCUGCCUUCAGUAUUACUGCGAGCACUGCUGGGCAAGCAUCCACUCCCGAGCCGGCCGCGAGUUCCACAAGCCGCUGGUCAAGGAAGGAGCAGAUCGACCUCGCCACAUCUCCUACCGCUGGUGUUAAACAACAAACGAGUGGUGGGGUGGGGGGCACCUUUAUAAGAGAGGGCGAGGUGGGAUCACAAAUGAUAUGAAAUCACAAAUUAAUGCCGCCCGCCUCGCUCUAAAAAAUAAAAAAAACCCUUUGCCCUUAAGCCCUGGGCUGCAGCUGAUUUAACGAUCGAUCGAUCGCAUUGGUUCAUGGUGGAUUUUGCCACUCGUGCUGGUGUUGCCCUUAACCCAAUGAGAAGGAACAGAUGAUGCUACUCUUAGCGGAGUACUGUGUUGAGCUGCGGCGAUUCGUGGCCAUUGUAAGGGGGGGGGGAGGGGGAAUGUGCUUAACUGUGAAGAACGCUCAUUUGUACAGCAUUGGCUGCAGCCCGGGUCUUCAAUGAGAGGGCAUAGCGCAUGGCAAGAGGGAAAAGUUGUGUAACGCGCUAAAACUACCUACCAGCAACUGCUUUGGAAAAGCCGCACUGCAUGACAAAGUACCAUUGUGGAUGGUAAUCAUUUGAUUUGCUUCUGAUAUUGCCCAACUAAUUAUAAAAGAGCUGUUUUCAUAGACCGACAAGCCUGACUACUGACAUUCGCAUGAAAAGUAGACUCUAAAAAGUGGUGAGUGGAAAGAAAAGCGCUUUUGUCAAACAAUGUACAUAUAUUUAUGCAUUGUAUUCUGAACAAAGAUCCACGUGAGGAACCUAUAUAAAGGCUUGGCAGUUCGUUCAAAUACUUUUCCCUCUUGUCACAUUUCCACGUAGUUUGUAGUCCACAGGAUCUGUCUUGUGAUUCGCAAAGGAUUGUGGGUGCCUCGGGUGUUGUGUGUUGAAAAAAAACAGACAAUUUUUUUAAUUUAAUUUUUUGUAAAAUCUAUUAAAUGAUUACAUUUUGGCAUUAAUGUAAAAUAUAAUUUUUUAAAAGAAAUAGUUGAGCAGUGUCUCAGCAUUUACAUAUUUUGAAAAAGGAAAAAAUAAUAUUUUUAAGAAUUAUUUAUAAGUGUUAGAACGGGAAGUGUUUAGCACAAGUUUAUUUGAGUGGUUUUGUUGUAAAUGUUCAGACUGCGUCAAGUGCUUGCUCCUCACAUGUGAGGCAGUACACCCUGAUCUCCCACAAUGCUUUGCUAGCCAGGGGUCCUGGAGACAGGAGAGCAUUGCACCGGCCUCCCACCCGAACACGUAGGCAUCCGAUGUGUUUGCCUGUGCACAACACUUUAAAAAAAAGUAUAUUUAAAUUUUGUUGAAAAGAGGUCUAACCCAACUCAUCGGCCACUUUAACCAGACAUCAAUCCAUCAAAUCUGUAUGUCAAAACUUAAGGAAUAGAUUAUCGUUAUUUUUUUUCAAAAGCUAAUAUAAGAACGGAGAGAGAGAGGGAAAAAAAAUCGACAAAAAUAAGUGCAUGAUGGCGCUUAUAUUAUAGUAUAUAUUCUGGUGUGCAGCGUCAGCGUCGUGGCUUGACGUGACUGUGUUGCUGUGUGUUCACCACAUCGACUAACUAUGUCUCGGCGCAAGCUAAAUGCAACAUUGGCUAUAA